CAGCUCCAAGUAAAAAAUUCCACCAGAACACAUCUCCAACACCAGCAAAAGAAAACAGUUUUCUUUUUACUUCCCCGAUCUCAUAAACUAACAAACGAUCAGAUCUCAGAAAACAGAUUUAAAACGCUGCCGUUUCUAUCAAAACACAAAAUUAAGGCAUUGUAAAAAUGGUGGAUGAGCGUGGUGAUCUCGUGAUUACAAGUUGAAAUGCAGCCAAAUCUGUUCCCAUUCGGCGGCGUUUUUGGCAAUCCGUUUCUACUGAAUGGCGAUUUAAGUGAAGUAGGCAGUAGCGGAUUUGAAAGUUCUAGGGUUUUCUUCUUGGUGCCUUUUUUAUUAUUCCAAGGAGGCGGAAUGGAUUUGUCCAGGGUUGGUGAAAAGAUUUUAAGCUCCGUUCGCUCUGCUAAAUCCCUCGGUCUUUUGCCUUCUAUUUCUGAUCGUCCCGAGGUUCCAGCUCGAGCAGCAGCAGCUGCUGCUGUUGCGCGUGUUAUUGCUGGAUUGCCGCCUCAUCAACGAUUCAGUUUACCGUCAAGUUCGGAAGAAUUACAAUCGAUAUAUGGAAGUAGAUCACAAGGUCAAGUUGUGGAGGAGCUAGAGCAGGACUUCUAUAAGGAGGAUUUUGAUCCAAUUAGACACAUCUUAGAGCACAUUCCAUCUGAAGAAAAUGAACUGGAGCAUUUUGAGAAACAGGCUGCUCUUAGGUUGGCUCAAUUGGAUAAAGUAUCGGAACGUUUAUCCCAACAAGUUAUGGAGCAUCAUGAAGUGAUGGUGAAGGGGAUGAAUUUGGUCAGGGAAUUAGAGAAAGACUUGAAGAUUGCGAAUGUCAUCUGCAUGAACGGAAGAAGGCAUUUAACUUCAUCAAAGAAUGAAGUUUCGAGGGACCUCAUAGUAAAUUCUCAUUCUAAAAAGAAACAAGCUCUCUUGGAUAUGCUUCCAGUAUUAUCUGAUCUUCAUCAUGCAUGGAAGAUGCAAACAGAACUUGAUUCCUUGGUUGAAGAAGGAAAAUAUUGCAAGGCAUUUCAAGUCCUAUCCGAGUAUUUGCAGUUAUUAGAUAGCUUUUCGGAGCUUUCAGCCAUUCAAGAGAUGGGUCGUGGAGUAGAGGUUUGGUUGGGAAGAACCCUACAAAAACUUGAUUCACUGUUGUUAGGAGUAUGCCAGGAGUUUAAGGAGGAGAAUUACAUAACUGUGGUUGACGCGUACGCAUUAAUUGGAGACAUCUCCGGUCUGGCUGAAAAGAUACAAAGUUUUUUCAUGCAGGAAGUUCUAUCAGAAACUCACUCUGUGCUGAAGAAUAUUGUGCAAGAGGACCAGGGAUUACAAAUGCCGAAUAGCAGACUUACCUACAGUGAUCUGUGUCUUCAGAUCCCUGAAUCUAAGUUCAGGCAGUGUUUGUUGAGAACACUAGCUGUCUUGUUCAGGUUGAUGUGUUCCUAUCAUGAAAUCAUGAUUUUGCAACUGGAGAAUAAGGAUUGGGCACACCAAAGAUCAACUAUGAAGCUAAGAGACAAUCUGCCAAGUUCUGGAGAGACCCAGCAAAAUGAUUCAGUCGCAAGAAUUUCUUCUGAUCUUCAAGGAAUUAAUGGCUCUCUGUCUCAAUCUAUGGACAGAGUGCUUUCUGAAGAAGCUAUCGCUAUUGUGUCUACAGCGGACCAUAUAGGAGCUUCAAAUUCCAACCAUUCGGAUUCUCAUUAUCAAGUUGAUGAGGCUAGGAAUGAUGGUACUGGAGCAUCAAGCAGUGGAUCCCCUUGGUAUCAGCUGCGGAAAGAUGCUACAGCUUUUGUUUCACAAACUCUUCAGAGAGGACGGAAGAAUCUUUGGCAUCUUACGACGAGUCGAGUAUCAGUCUUGCUGUCAUCAUCUGUAGUUGGUUCAACGAGCAUUCAUCAAUUUUUAAAAAACUACGAAGAUCUGAAUGUAUUUAUCCUGGCUGGUGAAGCCUUUUGUGGAGUUGAAGCAGUUGAGUUCAGGCAGAAGUUGAAGGUUGUUUGUGAGAAUUAUUUUGCAGCAUUUCAUCGGCAAAAUGUUUAUGCGCUUAAAAUGGUUUUGGAAAAGGAAAUUUGGCUGAAUUUACCACCUGAUACAGUGCAAGUAAUUAGUUUUGCGGGGCUUGUUGGUGAUGGAGCACCCUUGAUUGUUCCGUCUGAUGGUAACUCUAAAAAUGUCAGACUGCUUCAAAAUGAUAAAUCAUCAAACUCAGUUGAUGCUAUUUCCAAGAAGAGUGGUUUUACAAGUUGGCUCCAAAACGGAAACCCAUUUUCACUGAAGGUCACUUCUAAAGAAGCCCAUUGUUCUUCUCCACAUAGUAUAUUUAUUUCUGGUGAAUAUGAUGGACACACAAAUGAUGGUGACAUGGUGUCUCAUAAAAGUAGGGAUGUCAUUCAUAUGAAUGGAAGCCCUGUUUCGGAAGAGGAAAAUGAAGAUUUACUCGCUGACUUCAUUGAUGAAGAUAGUCAACUUCCAAGUCGAAUUUCAAAGCCAAAUAAUUCAAGAAUUAAUUCUGCACGUUGGAAAAAUGAUGAGAUUACUGCACAAACAGGAUCAUCUGUUUGUCUUCUGAGAUCGAUGGAUAAAUAUGCAAGGCUUAUGCAGAAACUGGAAAUAGUAAAUGUUGAAUUUUUCAAGGGGAUAUGCCAGUUGUUUGAGCUUUAUUUCUACCAUGUGUUUGAAACAUUUGGUCAGCAAAACCCUAACUCAAACGGCAAAUUAUUAUCUGAUUCUAUCAAUUACCGGCUGAAGACGGCCUUGUCCAGAAUAUCACAGGAUUGUGACCAGUGGAUAAAAUCCCAGUCAACAUCACUUUUCUCUUCAGCCUCGUCUUUGACUACAUAUAUGCAUUCAGAUUUAACACCAACUAGUCCUCAGAGUCAUCUACCAGCUACAUCUUUCGGUCUCAAGGAAAGAUGCACAGCUGCGGAUAAUAUAUCUCUCGUUGCUCAACUAAUGCACAGAUCCAAAGCCCACCUUCAGUCAAUGCUUCUCCAAAAUAAUCCUGCUAUAGUGGAGGACUUCUAUGCACACCUGGUGGAUUCUGUGCCAGAUCUUAAAGAGCACAUACAUAGGACAACCGCAAAGUUACUCUUACACAUUAAUGGGUAUGUUGACCGGAUUGCUAAUGCUAAAUGGGAAGUGAAAGAGCUUGGGAUGGAGCAUAAUGGAUACAUUGAUUUGUUGUUGGGAGAAUUUAAGCACUACAAAACGAGGCUUGCCCAUGGAGGAAUUCAGAAGGAGAUUCAAGACCUUCUCUUAGAGUAUGGCUUAGAGAUUGUGGUUGAAACUCUCGUUGAAGGUCUAUCACGGGUGAAAAGGUGUACGGAUGAAGGCCGAGCUCUCAUGUCAUUGGAUCUUCAGGUUUUGAUCAAUGGCCUUCAACAUUUUGUCCCUGUAAACGUGAAGCCAAAGUUACAAAUAGUUGAAACUUUCAUCAAGGCUUACUACCUUCCGGAAACCGAGUAUGUGCAUUGGGCCCGUGCUCAUCCAGAAUACACCAAAAAUCAAGUCAUUGGAUUGGUCAACCUUGUUGCAACAAUGAAAGGUUGGAAGAGGAAAAAUAGAUUGGAAGUAUUAGAAAAGAUAGAAUGAGACGGUAUGCAGAUUCGUAUAGCCAUUUUUCGGUUUCAGGUAUAUAAGUCCUGCUCUUAUUUAUUUUUCCCCCAAUAUUAUUGGUUCGCUGCAUGAGUGAUGUAAAUUGGAUUAGAGUUGACUAAUUAGGGUUGUAUAUUUUGUAAUAUAUACGGAUUUCCCUAUGUGGGAAAAUCAAAUGUAAUUUUGGAUCACAGCUUAUGUGAAAUAAUAAUGAGUUUAUAGGAAAAUUUUCACUUCUGAGAA